GCGACCGGUAGCUACGGGACAACGGCGCUAAGGAGGGCGGAAGUAGUCGCUCCGUGGAGCCUCCUCCUCUCGCGAGAGGCGCGAGGCGUGGAGUCGACUGCUGGAGAGAAGCCGGGAGUGAGCCCAGGCGGCAGUCUUGAUUCCCUUUUGGCCAGCAGUUUUUAGGUCUGUCAAUACUGCACUGCAAGAAUGGCAGAUUUUGGGAUCUCUGCUGGCCAGUUUGUGGCAGUGGUCUGGGAUAAGUCAUCCCCAGUGGAGGCUCUGAAAGGUCUGGUGGAUAAGCUUCAAGCGUUAACCGGCAAUGAGGGCCGCGUGUCUGUAGAAAACAUCAACCAGCUGUUGCAAUCUGCCCACAAAGAAUCCAGCUUUGACAUUAUUUUGUCGGGUUUAGUCCCAGGAAGCACCACUCUGCACAGUGCUGAGAUUUUGGCUGAAAUCGCCCGGAUCCUUCGGCCUGGUGGAUGUCUUUUUCUGAAAGAGCCAGUAGAGACAGCUGUAGAUAACAAUAGCAAAGUGAAGACAGCAUCUAAGCUGUGUUCAGCCCUGACUCUUUCUGGUCUUGUGGAAGUGAAAGAGCUGCAGCGGGAGCCCCUAACCCCUGAGGAAGUACAGUCUGUUCGAGAACACCUUGGUCAUGAAAGUGACAACCUGCUGUUUGUUCAGAUCACAGGCAAAAAACCAAACUUUGAAGUGGGUUCUUCUAGGCAGCUUAAGCUUUCCAUCACCAAGAAGUCUUCUCCUUCAGUGAAGCCUGCUGUGGACCCUGCUGCUGCCAAGCUGUGGACCCUCUCAGCCAAUGAUAUGGAGGACGACAGCAUGUGCAUCUUCUGUGGAUGUAGUUUAACUCACCGUUGGCCUCUUGAGCAUGUGGUCAGGUUGAACAUGAUGAUCAACCAAAAGAAGGACAGGGUGGACACCUUCUUUACCCUGGACUCCAAGUUUCCUCUCGAAGCCUGCAGUCACUUUAGCUUUUCAUUAGCAGAGACCACGACUGUAUCACUCAUUGCUUUGAACACUCUCCAGGAUCUCAUUGACUCAGAUGAGCUGCUGGAUCCAGAAGAUUUGAAGAAGCCAGAUCCAGCUUCCCUGCGGGCUGCUUCUUGUGGGGAAGGGAAAAAGAGGAAGGCCUGUAAGAACUGCACCUGUGGCCUUGCCGAAGAACUGGAAAAAGAGAAGUCAAGGGAACAGAUGAGCUCCCAACCCAAGUCAGCUUGUGGAAACUGCUACCUGGGCGAUGCCUUCCGCUGUGCCAGCUGCCCCUACCUUGGGAUGCCAGCCUUCAAACCUGGGGAAAAGGUGCUUCUAAGUGAUAGCAAUCUUCAUGAUGCCUAGGAGGUUCCUGACAUGGGACCCAUCUGCUCCUCCAGCCAACUCCUGUCCCUCACAUCCCACCAUGGUGGCUCCUCCCACCUCCUCUGGAUUUGUUCACUCUGAGAUCUGUUUGCAGAGUGGGUGCUUAGCAGACAGAGUGAAGCUGGCUGGGGGGCACAGUGGUGUGUAGUGCUGCUGUGUAUCAAAAGACCAAGGUAUUAUGGGGCCUGGUUACUCAGAAUGGGAUGGGUUUCUUCACCUCAUGUUAAGAGAAGGGAGUGUGUCCUGAAGAAGCCCUUCUUCUGAUGUUAAAAUGCUGACCAGAACGCUCUUGAGCCUAGGCAUCAUUGAGCAUUAACACUCUGUGACAGAGCUGCAGACCCCUGCCUUGAGUCUCAUCUCAGCAAUGCUGCCACCUGCUUGUCUUUCAGAGUUGUUAGUUUACUCCAUUCUUUGUGACACGAGUCAAGUGGCUCACAACCUCCUCAGGGCACCAGAGGACUCACUCACUGGUUGCUGUGAUGAUAUCCAGUGUCCCUCUGCCCCCUUCCAUCCCCAACCACAUUUGACUGUAGCAUUGCAUCUGUGUCCUGUUGUCAUUUAUGUUAACCUUCAGGUAUUAAACUUGCUGCAUAUCUUGACAUAUCUUGAGAUUCUGCAUGUCUUGUAAAGAGAGGGGAUGUGCAUUUGUGUGUGAUGUUGGAUAGUCAUCCACGCUCAGUUUGGACCAUUGGAGGAACUUAGUGUCACACACAAAUGGGGCUAUUCCUACGCUUAGAAUAGGGCUUGUCUGCCCACUUUAGAAGAGUCCAGGUUGGUGAGCAUUUAGAGGGAAGCAGGGCAGAACUCUGAAUGACAAUACGUCUCUCUGAGCAGAGACCCCUUUGUUCUUGUUACCCACCCAUAUGGACUUGGAAUCAAUCUUGCCAAAUAUUUGGAGAGAUUGUGUGGAUUUAAGAGACCUGGAUUUUUAUAUUUUACCAAUAAAUAAAAGUUUUCAUUGGUA